AUGGCAGUUCUGGUUGGUGUGUACAACGACAAGUGGAGUUCCAACUCAUCCGCAGGCUGGGCUGCUGUGGCAAUGGCCUUUUGCUUCAUCCUCAUCUACGGAGUCUCCUACGCUCCAUUGGGCUGGGCUCUUCCUGCUGAGGUCUUCCCCAAUGCCUCCAGGUCUAAAGGAGUAGCUCUUGCUACAGCCGCGGUUUGGCUCUUCAAUUUUAUCGUGGGAGUUGCAACACCACCCAUGAUUGAGAGCAUCGGGUUCGGUGUCUAUAUCUUCUUCGGGUCUUGGUGUUUCAUCGCGGCUGUUUGGGCGUUCUUCCUGGUCCCAGAGACCAAGGGGAAGACGUUGGAGCAGAUGGACGAGAUCUUCGGUCAGGAGGAGUUGGAAAUCAUGCAGUCCAGAAUGGGUAUUGCUGAGUAUGGGCUGAAGAAGGAUGUGGUGCAGGUCUGA